AUGGGUCGCAUUCUCAAACUCCGCGGCUCCCCCAACAGGGCUGCCCGCCAGGAAGGCGACACCACUUCGGAGGGUUCCUGCCAGGGCUCCUCCAACCAGAAUCCUGCCAUCCCUUUCCAGGAUCACUGUACCCCAGAUGGCGAGGAUGACGGCUGGGCCUGUGGUCCCGAUGGCCGCUGCGAACUCUUCGCCGACAUGGACCCCUCCCAGAUCCAGGUCGUCCAGGUGACGCCUGAGGACCGCGUUUUCCAGGCCGUGCAGCGUCGGCCAGGCGGCCAGGCGGACCACAUCCUGCGCUGGUGUGAGAAAAAGGACGUCGGUGUCUUCGUCUCCGCCUGCCCUGCUCUGCCCGGCCAGGCCAACAUCGACGGUGGCCUGAGUGCUCGCUACUUCAACAUGUUGCAGGCAGCUUGCGCGAGGGAGUCUGGAAGAUUCCAGGCGCUGGGCUACACUAGCAUCACAGCCCAGAGUGAUGGGACUCAGGAGUUCCGUUGGUUUAUUCUCCCACCGGUGCUACAAGACUUGAAAAUUGAUCUCCGAUAA